AAUUUUUAGGCUAGGUUGGCCGCUAGGUUCCAUUCGGGAUUCAGCCAUUGCCAUUCUUGAAUCCCAAUAUCCCAUUUGCCUCUUCCAGCCUGCCCUCUUCUCCCCACUUCGGCUCUUCCCUACCCAAGUUCGCAGUUCGCAAGUCGCAACCUCGCCGGCAGCCGGCACUCCCUGACUCGCAGUCCCAGUUCCCUUCAGCGUCACCUUCUCUUCCCAGUUCCCUUCCCACUUCGCAGUUCGCACACAGUCGGCGACGGCGAGUUCGAACCUCCUGUUCCAGAUCGGCAGAUCCAGUCUACCCCUUCGGACUUCGGCUUCCAUCUUCCCAACUUCGCAGCUCGCACUCUCGCAGACUUGCAGUACUCCUUUGGAUCUUCCGUCCUUCAGGUGAAUGAUCUUUCUGUGAGGAAGGAGAUUUCAGAUAGAAAUGACAACCCCUGUAGCUGCUGGCUCGUUCAAUGGCAACUUGAAGAGAGCGCUUGCUGGCCUGAGGCGUAUCAAUUUAGAAGGUCUGCGAUGGAGAGUAUUUGAUGCUAAAGGCCAGGUCCUUGGGAGGUUAGCAUCUCAAAUAUCUACUGUGAUUCAAGGCAAGGAUAAACCAACUUACACUCCCCACCGUGAAGAGGGGGAUAUGUGCAUUGUGCUUAAUGCAAAGGAUGUUUGUGUUACAGGGCGAAAACUGACCAAUAAAUUUUACCGUUGGCAUACUGGGUAUGUCGGCCACCUCAAGGAGAGGAGCUUACGGGAUCAGUUGAAGAAGGAUCCUACUGAAGUUAUUCGGAAAGCUGUCCUGCGCAUGCUUCCAAGAAACAAAUUGCGUGAUGAUAGAGAUAGAAAACUGAGAAUAUUUGCCGGUGGUGAGCACCCCUUUGGUGACCGACCCAUUGAACCAUAUGUGAUGCCUCCUCGGCAGGUACGAGAAAUGAGGCCUCGUGCUAGACGAGCAAUGAUUCGAGCUCAGAAGAAGGCUGAACAGCAGCAGCAAAAUGCUUCGAACCCAAGGAAAAGCAAAAAGAGGGAAGAUGUUCAAACAGAAUAGAGUUUGUUUCCUUGUUUGACAUCUCGGAAGGUGAUGUUGGGAUUGCCCUGUGCUUGGUUUGCGCUCAUAUUAUCAGUUUGGUAUUUGAAUUUUUGGUUCAGGCAUUUAAUCUUGUGUAGCAAAGAUAACGGGGGUCAAUCGAUUGUAAUCUUUCUGGUCUCCAGGGAAAAAAGUUUCAUUAUGAGUGGAAUGAAAAAAUUUCCUAGGCAAGAUUUUUUUUUUUGUCUGCCAGACAUGGCAGCUAAUUUGAGAAAAACAUGUACUGCUUGACAGCCUCAUGAUCUGUAUGUAUGGGAUUACUACCCUUAGCUUUAUGGGGAGUUUGGUGCAUUACCCCUUGGUGAAAGCAUGGGGUAGACAUUAUUUUUGCCUAUUAAGUACAAAAAAAAUUCUAGUCAUGGCUAGAAAAUGAUCAAGAAUA